AUGACCAUGGCAGCCGAGAGCGACUUUUACACGCUCCACUACUUUCCAUUCUCGCUCUAUUCGCUCAUGAUACGAUUUGGGCUCGUCCUGGGACGUCGACUGAACUCUGACACGGCUCCCAAAGUCCACAUCAAGUUGGUCAAUCUCCACCGGGAAGAAAAUCUUUCGGAGGAGUAUCUCACUUUGGUGAACUCAAGAGGCCAGGUGCCCGCACUCACCUCGCGGGCGCUGGCCACGCCCCUUACAGACAGUCGAGACAUCUCCGAAUGGUUAUGUGAGCAGCAGCCGGAGCUUGUGCCCGACCAUUAUCGAGCCACCAUCCAGAGCAUCAUGGACAAGUUGUACAGCUUCCACGCCAUGGCCCUAACCAUAGGGCGCGAAGAGAAGAAACAUGGCAUUCCUAACCGAGCUGCGGAGCUGCUGGAGCAGAAGGACCUGACGGAGCAUCAUCGCAGAGCAUUGGAGCUGAGAAGCGUCUUCCACGAGCUAUGUUACAGCAACAUGUUCACCCCCGCCAGCAUCGGCGAGGUAGAAGCCAAGGCCCGUGGAUUCGUGGAGGAGCUUGAUGCAGCCCUCAAGGAGCACAACGAAGGGCAGCUUUGGAUAUUCGGAGACAAGCCGACCAUACUGGACGCACACGCCACAGCACUGAUCGCGAGGCUGACGGAUGUGAGGCGACAAGACUUGCUGACGGCGAGAGUGCAAGAGUACGCAAAGGGGGUCUUUGCAUCAGAAGAAUGGAAAGAGGCUACGCAUGGGAGGACCACGCUGUGGAAUGUCUCGUUGGGCCAUGUCGCCGACUUGAACCCGUUGUAA